UUGCUUAUUUAAAAAAUUAAUUAUUAAAUUUAAAAAAAAAAAGUUUAUUCUACUUUAGUAUUGUUUAUAACUCGUUUCGUUUGUUAAUAUUUCAAUUUAAUUCAAGUAAAAUUUGUAACAAAAUGUAUUUAUCAGUUUUUCUUACUCUAAUUUUGAGUUUUUUUACAAAACUAACCAUUUGUAAUGAAUCACCAGUGAUUGGAAUACUAACACAAGAAGUUUAUUGGUCUAGUUUAAUACAUUUAAAACCAUCUAAUAACACGUAUAUAGCUGCAUCUUAUGUUAAGGCAAUUGAAGCUUCUGGAGGACGAGUUGUACCAGUUUUUACCAACAGAACUACUGAAUAUUACAUUGAUGUAGUAAGAAAAGUUAAUGGUAUUUUGGUCCCAGGAGGAGGAAGUGCGUUUAAUAUUAGUUUUGGAAUAAGUCAAUCAACAAAUGAAAUUUUUCACAUUGCAAAACAUAUAAACGAGGUAAAUGAUCAUUUUCCAAUUCUUGGAAUUUGUCUAGGAUUUGAACUUCUUUUAAUGGUAUCAAUAAAAGGGAAAUUUCCAUUUUCAAAAUGUAAUGCUCAAGAUUUAAAUUUACCAUUAACACUAAUACCAGAAAUGGAAAAAAAAAGUAUGUUAUUUAGUAACAUGCCUAAAGAUAUUCAAAACAUAUUAGUUACAAAACCAGUCACAGCAAAUCAUCAUAAAAAAUGUAUAACAAAAAAGAACUUCACGUCAAUGGAGUUAGAUCACUUUUGGAAUUCUAUAACAUUAAAUAAAGAUUCAAAUAAUUUGACAUUCAUAUCCACAGUAGAAGCUAAAAAUUAUCCAUUUGUAGGAUUACAAUUUCAUCCAGAAAAAAAUGCCUAUGAAUGGAAAAGAAAUGACCCUCAUAGUUGGUCAGCAAUAUAUUCAGCACGUUAUUUUUAUGAUUGGUUCAUUAAUGAAUGUCGUAAAAACAAACAUAGAUAUAUUGAUAAUAAUACGUUAGAUAACGAAUUAAUUUAUAAUUAUCCUAUUACAUACGUAGGAAAAUUUAACAAUACUUUUGAAGAAGUAUACUUUUUUGAUGAAUAA